UACACCAAAACCAAAAGCACACCCCCUUAGACAUUAAACUUACAGUAUGCCCAAAAUACAGAAAAGAACAAUUGAUUCAGUUUCAAACCUCUCUACAAAUUUGUUCAGACUUUCAUGGCUUCAAUGUUCCGGCAACGGAUAGUUCUCGGCCUAUUCUUUGUUUUCUCCAUUUCCACCAUUAGUUCUCUCUCUUCCGGUCAGUCGAAUUCUCCCCAAAACAUUGAAACUUUCUAUCCAUUUUUGCUUCCACCUAUUCCCUCAACGCCAAAUUCUCCUAACAAUCAGUCCAUCCCCUCUUCCUCGCUGCCAAUAAAUCCACCGCCGCCGCCACAACUGACUCUCCUGCCACCACCACCGCAACAAACACCUUCAAAGUCAUCAACAAAGAAGGCUGUUAUUAUAGCAGUAGUAGCAACCGCGGCAAGCACUAUAGUCAUAUCCGGCCUAUUUUUCUUCUUGCUCCUGAGCUACGCGCGGCAUAGGAGGAAGAAAGUUGGUGGCACUAAUACUAGUUCCCAUGGGGUUGAGCCUGCAGCAGUGGUGGCUCGCGAUGAAUUCACGCGAUUCAAUGGAAAUCUCAAGGGGAUGAUUGUGGAUGAGGAUGGUUUGGAUGUGAUUUAUUGGAGAAAACUUGAAGGUGCUAACAACAAGAACAGUUUCAAUAAAGAGGCCUUCAAGGGGACCAAAAAUGAAGGUAAAGAAGUCAAAAGGAUGAUGAGUAGAGGCAAUCGAAGCAAGAAAUCCGAGCCUCCCAUACAAGAAAUGCCCUUGCUUAGAGGCAAGUCUUCGACUUCCAACAAUCAAGUUUGGCCUGAAUUGGAAGACUCGAAUCAAGCUACAAGGGGUUCCUCACCACCUUCACCGCCUCCUGAACCACCGGCACCUAAACCUCUGUUGGCAAUUCCAAAAACAAAAAGUCCUCCACCACCUCCCCCUCCUCCACCAAUCCUGGUAAAGAAAAGUCCUGCACCGCCACCGCCACCACCGCCAAAGGCAGGUGGUUUGACAUCAUCCUCAAAACCACCACCAAUUCUCAUAGGUGAUGAUAAACAAGGUGAGUCUUCAUCCGGAAAUGGUCAGGUUAAACUGAAGCCCUUGCAUUGGGAUAAGGUGAAUGCUAAUGUUAAUCAUUCAAUGGUUUGGGACAAAAUUGAUGCUGGUUCUUUCAGAUUUGAUGGUGAUCUUAUGGAAGCCCUCUUUGGAUACGUUGCCACCAACAAAAAAUCCCCUCGAAGAGACAGCAACUCAUUGAGUCCAAAUAGUGGCAGAGCAAGUCCAACCUCUCAAGUUUCCAUCCUUGAUGCUCGAAAGUCACAGAACACAGCAAUUGUGCUCCGGUCCCUAUCCAUUUCUCGCCAAGACAUAAUCAACGCGCUCAUGGAAGGCCAAGGUCUAUGCGUGGACAUUCUUGAAAAGCUCACCAAAAUAGCCCCUACAAAAGAAGAGGAAUCUGAAAUCCUCGCGUUUGAAGGAGACCCCGCGAGGCUUGCUGAUGCUGAAUCCUUCCUCUACCACCUUCUCAGAGCCAUUCCAUCAGCUUUUACUCAUUUCAACGCCAUGUUUUUCAGAUCAAAUUAUGACUCGGAGAUUCUCCACCUCAAAGAAUCUAUACAAACACUUGAAUUGGGCUGCAAGGAGCUCAAGACUCGCGGACUCUUCUUGAAACUCUUAGAGGCCAUCCUCAAGGCUGGCAAUCGGAUGAAUGCAGGAACUUCACGAGGCAAUGCACAAGCUUUCAACCUCACUGCUCUUAGAAAACUCUCCGAUGUUAAAAGCACUGAUGGGAAAACCACUCUGCUUCGAUUUGUGGUGGAAGAAGUAGUCCGGUCUGAGGGAAAGCGUUGUGUGCUCAAUAAAAACCGCAGCUUGAAUAGGAAUAACAGCAGAAGCAGCAACACUAGUGCCCCAAACUUAGACAACCCAAUGUCAAACGACGAAAGAGAGAAGGAAUACACAUUGCUUGGAUUACCGGUUGUUGGAGGUCUUAGUUCCGAGUUUUCUAAUGUAAAGAAAGCAGCCGCUAUAGACUAUGAGGCCUUUGCAAAGGCGUGCACGGCUCUCACAGCUCGUGUCAAUGAAAUUAGGCAGCUUGUGGCACAGUGUGAGACCAAUGGAGGAGGAUUUGUGAGAGAGAUGAAAGUUUUUCUUGAAGCUACUGAAGACGAACUAAUGGUAGUGAAAGAAGAGCAAAUCAAGGUGAUGGAGCUUGUAAAGAGAACAACUGAGUAUUAUCAAGCAGGAGCUGCAAAUGAUAAAGGGGCAAACACACUCCAAUUAUUUGUUAUAGUUAAAGAUUUCUUAGGAAUGGUUGAUCAGGUCUGCAUUGAUAUUACUCGUAAUCUGCAAAAGAGGAGGACAAGAACAGGAGGUCUCGGAUCAUCAUCACCGGAGUCAUCAGCAUCCAGGAUCUCAGUAAAGUUCCCUAAAUUGCCGGCUAAUUUCAUGUCAGAUAAGUCGAAGAGCAGCUAUAGUGGUUCAGAUGGGGAUUCCUGAAUAGGCCUCAUUUACCGGUAAAGUACUGUACAUAGAUGAAAAUGAGAGAAUUGUGAACUCUGAGGUAUA